CUUUGUUGAUAACCAACAGCAGAGGGGUCUGAGCACAAUCCAGGAUUUAUACUGGAAAACUUGCAUUUAUGUAUUUGCAUUUAUAAACCUUUUUUUCUUAUUUUGCUUCAUUUGGGUAUAAUUUCCCUAUGGAUUUAGCAUUUUAAGUGGCUGUUGGAUGAUUUGCUUAUGUUCAAAAUUCUGCUGACAUAAGUUGCUCCACAACAAGGCUGAGGGGCCCCUCAAGUUUCAGGGUCAGACCUCAGGGCCGAGAAUGGAAAGAUUUGAAGCCAAUUACUUUUUUGAUGAAGUGAGAGAGAGCCAGAUUGACAAUCGAAAGGGUUUAGGCGACACACAGUCUUCGUAUUUGAGUGGCCAAUCUAGGGAAGGGGAUCAUUACAUCUGGCACAUCCACAAUGUCCAUGGACAUCAAUCGGCAGCACAGCGAUACAUGGCCACACGGAUUCAAGCAGGUUUUUCUCCAGAAAACAUGGCGGAUUAUUUAAUCAGUGGUGGUACAGGCUACAUCCCAGAUGAUGGACUCUCAGCGCAGCAGCUCUUUUCAGUUGGUGACGGCCUUACAUACAACAGAUGUGACCAACAGUGUGUUGUCUCGGAUGGCCAUACGGCUGAAGAGCUUUGCUCUAAAGGAGAUGGGUUGACUUACAAUGACUUCCUGAUUUUACCUGGCUUCAUUGACUUUACCUCAGAUGAAGUGGACCUUACAUCAGCACUAACAAAGAAAAUCACCCUUAAAACCCCGCUCAUCUCCUCCCCUAUGGACACCGUCACAGAGUCAGCCAUGGCAAUUGCAAUGGCCCUAAUGGGAGGGAUGGGGUUUAUCCAUCACAACUGCACACCGGAAUUCCAAGCAAAUGAAGUCCGGAAAGUCAAGAGGUUUGAACAGGGCUUUAUUACUGACCCAGUUGUAAUGAGCCCACGUCAAACUGUCGGAGAUGUGUUUGAAGCUAAAGUAAGGCACGGUUUCUCUGGGAUUCCUAUCACAGAGACGGGUAAAAUGGGCAGCAAGCUGGUUGGCAUAGUAACCUCUAGAGAUAUUGACUUCCUCUCUGAGAAAGACCAUGGCAAAACUCUAGAGGAGGCUAUGACAAAAAGAGAGGAUUUAGUGGUGGCUCCAGCAGGUGUUACGUUGAAGGAAGCCAAUGAUAUUUUGCAGAGAAGCAAAAAAGGCAAGCUUCCAAUUGUGAAUGACAAUGAUGAGCUGGUGGCCAUUAUUGCCAGGACUGAUCUGAAGAAGAACAGAGACUACCCCCUCGCAUCAAAAGACUCACGCAAACAGCUCCUCUGUGGUGCUGCCAUCGGCACCCGGGACGAUGAUAAAUACAGACUGGACCUACUGGUGCAAGCUGGGGUAGAUGUCAUUGUUCUGGACUCUUCACAAGGCAACUCUGUGUAUCAGAUUGACAUGAUUAACUACAUUAAACAGAAGUAUCCUGAAGUACAGGUUGUUGGAGGAAAUGUGGUUACAGCAGCCCAGGCCAAGAAUCUGAUUGAUGCUGGUGUGGAUGCUCUGAGGGUUGGGAUGGGUUGUGGCUCCAUUUGCAUCACGCAGGAAGUGAUGGCCUGUGGACGACCUCAGGGAACCUCUGUGUACAAAGUAGCUGAGUACGCAAGGCGUUUUGGAGUACCAGUGAUUGCAGACGGUGGUAUUCAGACCGUGGGCCACGUGGUGAAGGCUUUGUCUUUAGGAGCAUCAACCGUUAUGAUGGGCUCCCUGCUAGCUGCGACCACUGAGGCUCCUGGAGAGUACUUCUUCUCAGACGGUGUGCGGCUGAAGAAAUAUCGGGGUAUGGGCUCUCUGGAUGCCAUGGAGAAAAGUACCAGCAGCCAGAAGCGGUACUUUAGUGAGGGGGACAAGGUGAAGGUAGCUCAAGGCGUGUCAGGCUCAGUCCAGGACAAAGGAUCCAUCCACAAGUUUGUACCAUACCUCAUAGCUGGAAUCCAGCAUGGCUGCCAGGACAUCGGAGCAAAGAGCCUGUCUGUCCUUCGAUCCAUGAUGUAUUCUGGGGAGCUGAAGUUUGAGAAGCGAACCAUGUCUGCACAGGUGGAGGGAGGGGUUCAUGGACUACACUCAUAUGAGAAACGACUCUACUAAAUGGACCGAAGUCUGAACUAGUUCCAAUAUGACAGUGACCAAAAGUUGAAAGACCUCUGCCAAAAUUUGUGUUACACCCUCUGCUUCCUCUGCGUUGUGCACAUUUCCUCACUGAUCACAAACAGCUGAUUUGGAGAGGAGGGCUGCAUCGUAGCAAACGGAGAAUCUUCAAACCCACACUGAUUCCCCUCGGACUUUGCUCUUAAUAAGUGGCGCAUCAGGGUUAGAUUUUUUUUUUUCUUUUUUGUAUCAAAAGUAUGCAGCCCUAAACCAGGUUAGUGUGCAUGGGCUGACAGUUGUGAAAGAGACAGCAGUGUGAUUACAGUGUAGUAGGGACAGAGUGAAGGUGCACUGUGUUGUAUUCGUCCCAUCAGAACCAGCCGUGGUGCAGAUCGGCCGCAUCUUUCGCACUCGUUUGGCUUUCCAUGCACACCAGCAAACAUAGUCGGAAAGUUAACUCAUCCCAUUUCAACAAGACACCGAUGUUUGCAGAAUACAAGACAACACAUCUCUCUUUGUACCCUGUGAAAGUCUAACUGCAGUUAUUUUCCAAAUACUAUCUUUAGGUCAUAACAGAUGUAUGCUGCUUAUAUUCCAGCACAUGUUGUUUACUUGGUGUAUUGUGCAUUCUUACAGUUGAGACGUUUGUCAUCAUUGUUAAUCAAAUCAGAAUAGUGGACAGAUCUGCAAUGUUUGUCCCACUUUGGAGAUUGAUGCUGAGCCAAAUAACCAGUGCCCCAUCUCAGUGUUGUUGGUAUAUUUUACAUGGAAGGGACCAAAAGCUAAUGAGUAUCAGUUAUGUUUAGGUUUAGGAUAUGUUUAAUGGGUCAGCCGUAAACCUUUAGGCAAAGUGAUUAUUUCCGUGUUUGUAAUCAGAAUAUUUUUCACAGAAAAACUUUCUAAUAAAAGUGCUUAGUCCUGGCGACUUUGAAUUGAUCUGAAGGGGUUUUUUGAUAAUGCAUGUUUUUUUUUUUUCACUUAGCCACGUUUGGCUGUAAUUAUAUUCUGCUAAGAUUAUAAACAUACUGCCAAGUGGAUUUACACUUCUGUUUUAAACCUUAAAAAGCAAAACUGGUGCAGCAAUUUGCUUAUCUUGUUUGUUUCUUCCUGGUCAGGCAUAAAUGAUGCAUUUUUUUCCCUUUGUUCACCAGAGGUAUGCCUUGAAACAGAUGGACUCAUGAUGACUCAGUGCAUAAAGCAAACCUAACACAUUUUUUAUAUUUAAAUUUUUUCAGUUGAUGAAGGUUAAAAAAAACAACAACUUGUUUUCAGUUUCCACAUUUAAGACCGGUUAUUUAUACAAUAUCUAAUGAUCAAGUACUGGGUCUUGUCAGUCCAUCCAGAAAGCACAGCUAAUGUUUUAUCAAUGUUUCUCCUUUGUAUACGUUUUAAUCUGUCAACAGUUGCUACAACAAUGUGGUACUUUUUGCAAUCAAAAAAACCAAAUACCCUAAAAAAAAAAAAAAAAAUUCUUUUAAACUGAUGGGGAAAGACUUAGUUGAUCCGUCAGGGAUUUUUGAAGGAUAUGUUUACAGUAAAACACCCAAAAGAGGAAAGUUGUUUUUGCUGUUUAAUAUGUCAAAUAAAUACAUAAUAC